AUGUCGAUGCUUCCGGGCCCCGUGGGCAUCACCGCCCCAACGGAGCAAGUCCGGGAGGCCACCGCAUCCCCCGGAGAGCUGCAUAAGCUCGAGGAGACUGCAGUUCACCCGGGGAUUCGCGAGCGAGAGUGGGGUCUCGCUGCUCGUCUCGAUGAGACCGUCACCUUUGAGGAGUUCACCUACUGGGCCAAGAUCGAGCGUGAGCUGGAAGAGGAAGAGUACCGUCGCUAUACCGCCAUGACGGGCGGUGGCGGUCUUCUGACCUCGUUCAAGAACUACUUCAAGAACAAUCCCUACGAGGAUGCCAAAAUUCAGAAUUCCCGCGAGGUGCAGGAGAACGAGCGAGAGUUGCAACUGUAUGAGAAAAAGGCCGACGUGGCGGUCUCGGGAAAUUCCAGCGAGGCCACUCACCCCAUUGCGCCGCCUCCCGCUUACGAUCUCGAUGCCGAAUGGCGUACGGCUGCCCGUGCCCUGCGCAAUGCGGGCUGGGGAACCAUCUUCUACCUCAUCACCACGGAUAUCCUGGGUUGGUCUCAGACCCCCUAUGUCUUCGCCAACACCGGAUACGGUCUGGGUGUCGGCAUCUUUGCCCUCAUGGCCUUCGCGGCCUUUGCCUCGGGACUCAUGAUCUGGCGUGUCUUCCUGGCUCUGGACUCGGCUCGUUUCCCGAUCGUCAGCUUUGGCGAUCCCUUCUUCCGCCUGUUGGGUCCUCGCAUGCGCCACUUCAUCAACUUCAUGCAGUCUUUACAGAUGUUCCUCAGUGUCGCCGUCGUGUUGCUCGGAAACACGGGUAUCAUUGCCCAGCUGGGUGGCAACAUCAACCUGUGUUACAUCGUCUGUGGUAUCAUUUCCCUCGUCGUCGGUAUGGCCAGUGGUUACAUGCGAUCCCUCAAGCACCUGGGUUGGUUCUGCAACAUGGCUGUGUGGAUCAACAUUGUCACUUUCAUCAUCAUUAUCGCUGCCGCUGUCAAGAACGGUCCUGAUCCCACUGCUGCGGUCAAUAACGGUGUCCUGCCCAAGGAAUGGGCCGUCCCAGCUACCAUGGCUCCGGUCAUGACCUUCGUGGGAACUCCCCCUGCCAUGUACCAGCCUACCGAUCACCAGCUUUUCGCGGCUCAAUUCAACGGUAUCAACAGCAUGGUUUAUGCCUACUCCGGUGCUGUCAUGUUCGUCGCCUUCCUCUCUGAGAUGCGCCGCCCCAUGGACUUCUGGAAGGGUCUGCUGGUUGCUCAGACCUUCAUCACUGUUGUCUACAUUUUCUUCGGUGCCCUGAUCUACCACUUCUACGGCCAGUACGCCUACGUCAACGUGAACCAGACCGUCAGCCCUCAAAACAUCCAGAUCGUGGGCAAUGUUCUCUCUCUCCUCACUGGUUGGCUUGCCAUUUUCCUCUACUUCAACGUCGGCAUGAAGACUGUCUACAUCGAAGUCGGCCAAGCCAUCUUCAAGCUGCCCCCCAUCACCUCCAACAAGGGCAAGUUCCUCUGGUGGGGACUCGGCCCCGUCUACUGGAUCCUGGCCUUUGUCCUGGCCCUUUCCGUGCCCCAAUUCGGCGCCUUCACCAACUUCGUCGGCGGUCUCUUCAGUCUCAACUUCACCUACUCCUUCUCCGGCGUCAUGUACCUCGCCUACAAGAUCCAGGACGGCGCCCGUCUCGAAGGUGAAGGCUUCGACCCCGCCACCGGCCAAACCAUCCGUCACGACAGCGGCAUGUCUCGCUGGGUCCGCGGUUUCCGCAAGACCUGGAUGAUGAGCUUGCCCGUUCUGCUCUUCACCCUUUGCGGUUUUGCGACAUCCGGCAUGGGUACCUGGGCGGCGGUGUUGGCUUUGGAGUCUGCCUUCGGUCCCGGUGGUUCCGUCGUCACUUCCUGGACUUGCACUAACCCUUUCUACACCGGUUAA